UUUCGCUCAGAAUAAACACGUGCAGACUACUAAACGCUAGCAAAUUAAUUUUGGUGAUUUUAGAAUUGAAAAAAAAUAAACGUUAAACAUGUCAAUACGUGAAAAAUUAUUAAUGAAAAAAAUCAAGAAACGCGAGAAAAUGAAGAAGGAAUUGGCCCAGAAGAAAGGUGCCACUAAACCAGCAAAGCCAGUUCCAAAACAAGAAGAAGAAGAUGAUGUCGAUGGAGAUUUCCAGGAAGUUCCACAAAAGAAAAUUCCCCAAAAGGAGCAGAAACCAAAUAAAAAGAAACAACAACAAAUGCAAGUUGUAAAUUCAGAUUCGGAUAGUGAUGAGGAUGAAGAUGAUGAUGACGAGGAGGAAGAGGAAAAUGGAGCCAGCAGUGAUGGUGAGGAAGAAGAGGAUGAAAAUGAGGAGGAAUCUGACGAUAGUGAUGAAGACGAUGAUGAUGAUGAAGAGGAAGAAGUACCUGCCAAGAAAGCCAAAACGGAAGCGAGUAAAAAAGACAAAAAGGCAAAGAAAGCCAGUGUUCAAGACGAGCAAGGUUUUGAGGAACUUGAUCCCACAGCUGCCGCUGAAGCCUUGUCUAAACGCGAUAACUCCGAUCGUUCCUUUGCUUCGCUAAAGGGCAUUGUCUCCGAACCCACUUUGAAAGCUAUUGAACAAAUGGGCUUUAGCGAAAUGACUGAGAUACAGGCGAAAUCAUUACCACCCCUCCUGCAGGGACGGGAUUUAGUGGGUGCUGCCCGCACUGGCUCUGGAAAAACUUUGGCCUUUUUAAUACCAGCUGUUGAACUGAUUUACAAAUUACGUUUCAUGCCACGUAAUGGCACGGGUGUCAUAAUUAUUUCUCCCACCAGAGAAUUGUCGAUGCAGACAUUUGGCGUCCUCAAGGAGUUAAUGACCUAUCAUCAUCACACCUAUGGCUUGGUAAUGGGUGGUUCAAAUCGUCAAGUGGAAAAUGAAAAACUUAGUAAAGGUGUGAAUAUUCUUGUGGCCACACCAGGACGUUUGUUGGAUCAUUUACAAAACUCUCCCGACUUUUUGUACAAAAAUCUACAAUGUUUGGUUAUCGAUGAGGUUGAUCGUAUUUUGGAAAUUGGUUUCGAGGAAGAAUUGAAACAAAUUGUUAACCUAUUGCCAAAACGUCGUCAAACAAUGUUGUUCUCGGCCACACAAACCGAAAAAAUUGAUGCCUUGUCCAAAUUGGCUUUGAAAAAGGAACCAAUUUAUGUGGGUGUUGAUGACAACAAGGAAACUGCCACAGUGAGUGGUUUAGAACAGGGCUAUAUUGUUUGUCCUUCGGAAAAACGUCUUUUAGUGCUGUUCACCUUCCUGAAAAAGAAUCGCAAGAAGAAGGUCAUGGUUUUCUUCUCCUCCUGUAUGUCUGUCAAAUAUCAUCAUGAAUUAUUUAAUUACAUUGAUUUGCCAGUAACCUCGAUACAUGGUAAACAAAAACAAACAAAACGCACCACCACUUUCUUUCAAUUUUGCAAUGCUGCCGAAGGUAUAUUGCUAUGUACAGAUGUUGCUGCUCGUGGCUUGGACAUUCCUCAAGUUGAUUGGAUUGUGCAAUUCGAUCCUCCAGAUGAUCCAAAAGAAUACAUCCAUCGUGUUGGCCGUACAGCCCGUGGUACUGGCAGCUCGGGUCAUGCCUUGUUAAUGUUACGUCCCGAAGAAUUGGGUUUCUUGCGUUAUUUGAAAGCAGCCAAGGUUCCAUUGAAUGAAUUUGAAUUCUCAUGGAACAAAAUUGCCGACAUUCAAUUACAGCUUGAAAAACUCAUCGCCAAAAACUACUUCCUCAAUCAAUCGGCCAAGGAGGCAUUCAAAUCAUAUGUUCGUGCCUAUGAUUCUCAUCAGUUGAAAACAAUUUUCGAUGUCAACACCCUGGAUCUGCAAGCUGUGGCCAAGAGUUUCGGUUUCCUUGUACCCCCUGUGGUCGAUCUUAAAGUUGGUGCCGCCAAACGGGCUCGACCCGAAAAACGUGUCGGUGGUGGUGGUUUCGGCUACUACAAAAACCUCAACAAAGAUGACAAGAAACAGCGUAUCUUUAAACAAGUCAAUCGUGACCAAUUACAAAAGAAGGGUAAAAACUUUAUGCGGUAAUAAAAGAUGCUGCUGAUAUAAUUUAAGAUGUUUCUAGUUUUAUAUUAUUAAAAAAAAACAUGUCGUUUUAUUGUAAACAUAUACACGUUGAUGUGUGUAUAUGUGCUAAUAGGAACGGCAUGCCGUUUUGUAAUUGUCCUUCCUACACAUACAUACAUACAUAUUUUUCUUUGUAAAGUUUUAUUAGUGAAAUAUGAAAAACAAAACCAAUUAAGAAUAAUGUAAUAAAGAUUUUAUAUCAUUGUACGA